UGUGUUAGUGUCCAUCGGCACACGUGCACGCGUCUAUGUGUGCAGGCCCACUCAUGGCAGCGGACUAUGACGGCUCGUAGAUUUGACAGCUAGCUCAAUGCGGGUUCAGACGUUCAUUAUACGCCGACCGAUGUAAUUUUCGUGAAAUACUUGACAGUUUUAUUUAUGUACGAUAAAGACAUUAGUGUUGUGACGUCGCCUCUACAUGUGACAGUGUUAAACAUUGAACUUAAAUUUUGCGCGAACUUGAACUUCAGUGUAUCUUCGGAGUCGGAGUCAGCCCAUUCGACGACUGAUUUGUGACAUGCCCGGUCUCAAGGAGCAUUUAUGAUGGUCACAAUUAGAUACGGCCCGUUGAAAAUCAGUUCGAGGGGUAACGGAAUGAAUAAAAAAUCAUCGGACGUUUUGCAAUAUAAACUAGACGGAACAAAACUACAUUCCAUGCUAAUAAAAUGUAAAUAAAACAAACUCUAAACUAAAGUGCCUUGAAGACAAUAAAACAAAACAUGUCAAAAAAGAGAUUCGAGGAAGAAUCAGAUGAGGAGACACCGUCCGUCAACACCGAGCAGUCCAUCAGUGAGACCGAUAGCUGUUGUGUAGUGAAUGGAAUCCGAAGUGUUUGUGUAGUGACUAAACUGUGAUAGAUAGUGUCGGCCCGAGGGGCCGAGAAUCUGCAACGGAAGAUACGGACGCGAGCCGCGCGGGCUGCGGGCCCGCGAUGAGCGCCAAUAACUGCGACAGUAUGACCUACUUCUCCAACGCAUACAUGCCAGACAUGAGGAACGGUGGCGGCCACGAACACCAACAAGCACACGCGCACUAUGGCGCUGUGCCACAACAAGGCCAUGAAAUGGAGGGCUGUGACCAGCAGCUCAGGCCGGCGCAGCACCAUUACCCCGCGCAGCCAGCACCUGGCAUGCCUUACCCUAGGUUUCCACCCUACGAUAGACUGGGUUACUACCAACAGAUGGAACAAAAUGGCUAUCGGCCCGACAGUCCAUCUCAAAUGGGGCACAUGGGUCCAAAGACAGCAGAUGGAUAUGGGCCCAAUGGUCACCAGCCUCCAGCGCCAGCGGUGUAUACGUCGUGUAAGCUACAAGCAGCGGCAGCAACAGCGGGAGGCGUUCCAGGCAGCCCGCCACUAGAACAAGCACAGCAGAUGCCUCAUCACAUGCAUCCACAGCAGCAUAUGGUGCAGCAUGGCGUGCCGCAUCAGCAGCACCUUAUGUACCCCGUGGACGACAUGCAGCACCAGACGCAGAUGCCUCCCAUGCAUCAGCAGUCCAUGCACGCACAACAACCACCUCCACAACAGCCCCCGCCAAACACUAACGCCUCGCUGCCCAGCCCCCUAUACCCCUGGAUGCGAAGUCAAUUUGAAAGGAAGCGGGGUCGGCAAACUUACACCCGGUACCAGACGCUCGAGCUGGAGAAGGAGUUCCACUUCAACCGGUACCUGACGCGGAGGAGAAGGAUCGAGAUCGCGCACGCGCUCUGUCUCACCGAGCGCCAGAUCAAGAUCUGGUUCCAGAACCGCCGCAUGAAGUGGAAGAAGGAGAACAAGACCAAAGGCGAGCCCGGCUCCGGUGACGAGCCGGACAACAUGAGUCCGCCCACCUCGCCACAAUAAAGGCCUCUAGCUUAGUUCGCGCGGUCCAAGCUAGGGGUGACUUGUUUCAGAUUUCUUCGCCCGAAUCACAAACUCCGUUCUCAGCGUUUUAUUUUGUGUAUACGAAUUAUGUUCGAUGCUUCGAACACAGAUCUGAAACAAUACGCCCCGAGACCGAAGUUACUAGAACAGUUUAAUUUGUAUAAAUUGUAUGUUGGACUUUUCAUGAUAAUAUUACAUUAUAACUAAUACGUAACCUAGUGAUUUCGAGUAAUGAUAGUGUGAUGAAGAGAUUUUUACAGUUGUUAAGUAUAAAUUAAUUUAUAGAAACAAUCUCAAUACCAAUAAUUACCAAAAACGCAGUGUAUAUGAUUAGUAAACUGCAUCAUUUAUGUGAUUAUAUAGUUGAAUAAUUAUCAUUUUCUCGGUAUUAACUAUUGAUUUGCGAUCGGCCACAAUGUUUGUAUAAGUUUUUGACAAAGUGCUUGAUACUACAUGUUUCACAAUAUUUAUUACAUAGCGACUCUAAGUUGGCAACAAUAGCAUUUUGGUAAGACAAAAGAAAUACGGAAAACGUAACGUCCAUAAUUUAUUGUUGUAUACGUAUCGAGCAUUGUGUCAGAAGUUAUGUUAAACUAUCACAAAAUUCUAUAAUAAUUUUGAAUCACAAAACCAUAAGGACCUCUUAUAAUUAACCAUUGAUAAGAAGGCAAUUAGUAUCCAUAUUGUUAUUAUUUAAUAUAUUUGAUGUUUUAUUUCUUAAUUAAGCUAUCUAAAUACUAUUCUGUACAUACAAACAUAAUAAUUUUUAGAUUAUAUGAUGUACAAUUGUUUUAGUGUGAAUAAUUAAUUAUUGAGAUUAAUUUGGGAAACAACGAUAUUAUUCGUGGUUUUGUUUUUUGCGGUAUGAGUGUUUUUUUUUUUAAUUUGUGGAUCGUCUCUUUUUUUCUUUACUCGUAACUCGUAGUGCGGGAAGGCCAGUUUACAAGUGCAAUGUAUACGAUUUUGAUGACACAUAUACGUAAUUAAUACUGAUAAUAAACGUCAUAGGAAAUCUAUUAUUAUUGUAAAAUGUUACGAGAUCGAAGCUUAUAAUUUAGAAAAUACUAAAUGAGAGCAUUAAAGAGAUAUUCUUUGAAAUUCUAUUGUGGGAAGUUUUGUGUCACGUGGGCUCAUCUUGGACACGUUGGGAGAAAAUGAUAUGAAUGGGAAAGGUCACUUAUUUAUAAUGAAACAAAAGUUACCUUCAAUAUUGUAGGUGCAGAACUUGAUACUUUGAUUUAUAAAUCUCUUGUGGAAUGUAGGUUCGAGGUUACAGUUCACAGUAUACCAAAGUUAGAAAAUAAACUGGUGUUUAUACGAACGAAUAUACGUAGACACGGAGGCGCUUGACGUUUCAAGUAUAACAGUAAUACAUCAUUUUGAAAAGGUAUUUUUAUAAAAUCAUUGAUUAAGAAACCCGAUAUACGUAAAAAAAUAUCUAAUAUAUAUACUCGUAAUACGUUAGUUUUACGAAUAUUAUUAUUAUAAAGAAAAAUUGGCGAGUGAUAGAAAGGUUGAUCUUGUCAGGAUUCAAGUUAUACGUUUUUUCGUAAUAAUGUAUAAAAAGUACUAUUUGUAAAUUAUUUUUCACAUAGAUUGUAAUUAGUGAAUGUUUUUAAUAAGAACUCAGUGAGCAGGUUCUAUAAAUAUUUUUUUUCUCUUUUUUUUUUAAUUUUGUGCUGUGUUCGUUAAGUAAUGUAAAUUGUAAUAAUUGUAUAUUGUCGAUAUAUUCAAUAUUUAUUUAUUGAUUCGCUAAUUAGGUUCGCUUACGUUUUCUUCAAUUGCAAUUGGGUGGUAUAUUCGACAACUGUCUGGCUGGGAUGCAUUUUGUUGAAUUAUUUUUAAUUGCUCAAUUCACAUGUUUGUGUUUUAAUUUUAUUGAUAGAAUUAAGUGCAGUAUUUUAAUUUGUUGUAACUUUUUAAAAGUACAUUAAGUAUGGUAUAUGAACGACAUUGUCCGUUUGAGAUCCUCCCUAGCAUUAAUAUGUAUCAGUGCAAUGUUACACAAAAAUUUCAAUCCCUUGCCAGAUGGAAACAGUGAGUUUGAAAUGUAAAAUUUUAAAUUUAGUUUUACUUUUAAAAUUAAGUUCUGAUUCUUAAGUCUGUCCCUGAAAACGCAAAAAUUAGGUCUUUAGAAUGAUAUUGGAACCUAAUUUCAACGAUUUUAUUUACCAUUUAUGUCCUAUCGAUUCAAAAUUUAUGAAGUAUAACUAUAAUUAGUAACAUAAUAAGGUUAGGCGAGACGAUAUUGUCAUAAAUAUAUAAAUACAUGAAAUUAAUAAAGCAUAAUGAUUGUAC